CACUCACACACACACAGAUAAGAGACGACACACUCACCCACACACACACACUCACACGUAGACACGUACACACAUAUGCGCAGCCUUUUGCCGCAGUCAUAAAAUAAUCAAGCAACGGCAAAGACACAAGAACUGAGAGCAGGAGGAGCAAAACAAGAGUGUGAGUGAGCGUGAACGUAAGAGAGAGGAGGAGCAGAGCAGAGCAGCAGCGCUGCAGCGUCAAAGUCGUCGAAUGCUGCUGACGAAACAUCUCCGUUGGGACACAUAAAGCAAUUAGCAAAGGUUGACGCACACCCGCACACACAUACACACACUGCCAGACCAGGGGAUCGUUGGUCAGGAUUUAUGUUGUAGUUGUGGUUGUGUGCAAUGCUGCUAACAUGCGUGAUAUGGAUGUGGAUGUGUGCUGCAUCCCUGGGUUAUAUUUAGACUAAUUACGCGACUGGCAAACGCACAACUGCGGGAAUGGAACACCCGCUGACCAGUUCCACUGGCUGCUGUGAGAGAUAACGGGAAUGGAGGCAGCAACAACAAGAACAACAAGAAAUCGAAGAAAAAGACAGCUACAAGAAGAAGACACAGAACAGCAAGCAAAAGCAAGAAACGAACUCGAAUCUCCCUGUGAUAUAACUGCACCGUAGUUGUAAUCGUAUAACGUAAUCGUAAAUCGUAGCUCUUAGUUAUCGUUAUCGAUUAAUAGCUUAACUUGAUAAUAAGCUAAGCAUAAGAAAAGAUUUCUCAACACUUAAUUAACGUUAAUCGCGCACCGACAAACCAAUAAUAAAAAAAAUAUAUAUAUAUACAUAACAUAUACAUAAUAUAUAUAUAUAUAUAUAUAUAUAUAUCUAUACACAUAAUUAAGCAACUCUAUAUAUAUACAAUAUAUCGAAGAAACUACACUCUCUGCCUCCCAACAUUAAAAUCGCUCCCCGUUUAUUGGAAUACUUUGCUGCCGCUCUCGUUUUGCCGCCAGACCUGCGCCGAUAUUUAAUCGAUAAAUAAGAAACCUCCGAUCUUGCUAGAGAUCGGAUCAUCACACCUCCAACAUGGGAGAUGAAGCAGAUAAACGCACCACAAAGGAGAAAUUACUCUUCUAUACGACUGCGUUCUUUAUACUGCUCGGAACGUUUAGCCUGUUUGCGUUCCUCUUUCUGGUUCCGUUCGUGAUCGAGCCGGCGUUCACCACGAUCUUCAUGCAGUUCGAGGAGGUGCCGGCUUUAUGUGAGACCUACGACACGGAGAUCUUCUUCGGUGCCAAGAACUGUUCAUGGUCAUCGUGUCGCGAGGGUUGCACCAAGGAUAUCUAUACGUGCACCCAGAUCCGGGUCAACUAUCGACUGAAUCUGUAUAACUUUACGGACGAGUUCAACUUUACGGAGUAUCACAUCAAUCUCAAGGAAGCGGAGCGUGUCAUUCCGCCCGUAAAGCGCACGGAUCGCUAUGAGCGCGCUCUACGGGAUUACGAGUAUGAUAAUCUUGGUGGAGGCGAUGUCAACACCAUCGACAUGGAUGCGGAUAUGGGACCCAGUGCCGGUUCCAUGGGUGGUGGUCGAUUUGAGCAGCUGAAUUUUGGUGAUGCCGAUGGCUCCAAUGGUUAUUUAAUCGAGGAGUCGGAGGAUACGGCACCGGGAACACUCCUAAAUGCCGAGCGGCGACCUUUCGACGAGAUCUCCGAGCUAAACGAGGGUCUCAUGGGUGACAACUCCACCUACUACUAUGUGGGGGCGCGGCUCUUUCCGAAUGUCAAGGGAUGUGGUUAUCCGCCCAUGUUGAACUGCACCAUUUGGUUAAAGCGUUACACAAGGAUUGGAAUCAAGUUCCCUUGCUAUUACUCCAAGGUGGAUCCCAGUCUGGUGAUCAGUGAUCUCGACUAUUGGCAGAAUACAUUGAAUUUGGUGUACUCGAUGGCCAUUCCCAUUCCCUCGUUCAUCAUCUCGGUUAUCUACCUGACGUACGCCUACUUUAAGAUCUACAAUGAGGACGAGGAGACCGCGCCUCUGGACAAGAAUGCCGAGGACAUGGAUAUCGAUGACAUCGAUGCUGUUGAUGAUAGCGAUGGCGCUGUCCUGGCCGAUAACGUCGCCGGCAGCCAGAUCGUCAACAUGGACUCGACGACCAAUGACAGCUGCCUGGAGGGUGUACUGCCCAAUGGUGGUCCUGGCAUGACCAGGUGCAUAUCCCAGGGAGGUUCCAUCACCACUCCUGGACAUUACAUAGCUCAGUCGCCGGUGGGCUCACAGAUGACGCCCAAUUCGGAAAUUAAUUCGUUUGGUCAUCAGCUGAAAGUGCAAAUGGCCGAUGAAUUGUCCAGGGACUCACUGGAGAACGGCGUUCUGUCCACGUCAAACUCAGUGCAAGGAAACUUGAGCAAGACGAUGACGACGAGUAUCUCAACUCCACCUGGGCCGACGGCGGCAGUCUGAAACGUCAGGCGCAUGGUCUGGAAAAUGUUAGAUUCCGAUUCGGAAAAUGAACCGCUACUAGAAUCGUAGAAUUCUAGAAUAAAUGGUUCACCAAAUGUGCCGAGUAAAUGAAUAAUAACGGAGCAAGCAACAAGAAAGAAACCAAAGUAUUUCUACACCAAAACAAUCGAUAAACAACGCAUACAACCAUGCGGAACCGAACCUGAAUACCUUCAGAGCUGUUAGAGACAUUUAAAUACUAUGAUAGAUUAUAUUUACCUUACACUACGCAACAUAAAACACACUCUAAAAUCAACUGCAGUCACAUAAUAUUACGAUAGAUCGGAGUUAUUUUCGAAUAAGCUUAUCACACACACACAGUCACAUUCAAUUCUAAAUAACAGUACAUAAUGCAUUACGUAUUUCCGAUAUGAUAUAAUAUAAGGGAGACAGGAAAGCCGCUUCACACAAGAGGAGGACACUGUUUUGAAGAAGAGAGAGUGUUACUUUAAUUGGUACAAAUACAAUAACAACAAAAGAAAAAUGCAAGAAGAAGAGGAUAGAGAGGAAAAACUUAAGUACUAUAUACCUAAAGCAAAUUAUAAUACUUAUACACAAUACAUAUACAAAUAUU